AUUGAUGAAUUUGGCAAAUGUAGCAGGGCCGCGCCAAUGCGGAUUAUCUUUUUCCGCGAUGGUCUUUCCGAAGGAGAAUACAGCAUCAUGGGGAAAGAUCGGAUUGAGGACAUUGAAGGCGAAUUAGUCCAGCGACAGCCAUUUCUUGGUUUGAGCAUGUCAAUUAGGGGCGAUUUACCUCCAGUCGCACAUUUGUAUGGCUAG